AUGAUUGAUUGGAGGAAAUUGUUAAGUUUUAUAGGUCCGGGACUUUUAAUCACAUGUGCUUACAUAGACCCCGGCAACUACAGCACCUCAACGAACGCCGGCGCUCAGUUCGGUUAUAUUCACUUGUUCAUAGUAUUUCUUUCCAAUCUCUUUGCCAUAGUUCUUCAAUGUCUUUGCAUAAAGUUAGGAUCAGUCACGGGUCUGGAUCUCGCAGAAAACUGUCAAAAACAUUUACCUCGAUGGCUCAAUUUUGGAAUUUACCUGCUGGCUGAAUUGGCUAUAAUAUUUACGGAUUUGGCAGAAAUAGUUGGAACUGCUAUUGCACUCUUCAUUCUGUUUCAUAUUGAGCUAAAGAAUGGUGUCUUGUUGACCGUACUGGAUGUAUUGGUCAUUCUCUUAGCUUAUAAUCCUGAUGGAUCUUUGAAGCAAAUCAGAAAGUUUGAAGUAUUCGUGUCUACAUUUGUUCUGUUAGCAUUUGGAUGUUUCAUAGUACUGGUCAACAAGGUUGAUAUUGAAAGUAAGUCACAAUUAUUUGAGGGUUUUUUACCAUCAUGGCAACUAUUCAACUCUAAAGAGUCGGUCUACUUAUCAUUGGGAAUUAUCGGUGCCACAGUUAUGCCUCAUUCCUUGUAUCUUGGAUCAAACUUGGUGAAACCUCGCUUGAAAGAUUACGACAUCAAGAAUAAACUAGCUACAGUGGAUACACAAUCGUCGAUAGCUGAUGAUACUUUAGACUACCGGCCAUCGUUGGCUGCAAUAGACUACUGUUUACAUUACUCAUAUGCAGAGCUGAUCUGCUCUCUAUGCCUGGUGGCAGUUUUCAUAAACUCAUCUAUUUUGAUCGUCUCAGCUGCUGCACUACAUGGCAAGCCAGAAGCAAUCGAUGCAGAUUUGAUAUCCAUAUACGACAUGCUUUGUGAGUAUUUGUCAAACACAGCUGGACUCAUUUUCGCUUUAGCGAUGUUAUUUUCCUCAAUUGCAGCCGGCAUUAUAUGUACAUUGUCUGGUGCACUUGUUGCAGAGGGCUGUUUGAAUUGGAAAUUGAACCCAUUCUACAGGAGACUCGUCACCCGUUCAAUCACUGUUGUGCCAUGCGUACUUAUGGCGGUCUUCAUGGGGAGAGAAGGAAUCGCAACAAUCUUGAACUUAUCGCAGGUCAUUUUGUCACUUAUUUUGCCUUUCGUGUCUGCUCCUUUAUUGUACUUUACAGCCAAUAAGUCCAUCAUGAGGGUAGAAAUACAAAGUGAAGAAAACUCGUUGCCUGAGCCACAGGAGACAACUCCUCUGGUGCAAGCUAACAAACAUAGCAACCCAGAACAGCCGAAACUUUACAAAGAUUUUUCAAACUCAGUUCUCAUGAACCUUGCAGCAGUAUUAACGUGGGCUAUCAUAGGGUUCUUGAACAUAUAUUUAAUAGUACAGUAUCUCAGAGGGGAAGAUAUACAUUUUUGA